AUGUCGAGCAUCGCCCCCACCUCCAAGGCGCACAACGCCACCGUCAACGUCGACACGACCAUCCAGGCCGAGAAGAAGGCCUUCCUGCGCCAGACGGGCGAGCAGCCCGCCGACGCGACCAUGCCGACCACGGGCAUGUCCACCGACGCCAUGAUGAGCCCGACUGCUGGCAUCCUGAAGCAAGCCACCGUCAUGGACCAGGGCUCGCGGCCCAUCUACCUGGACAUGCAGGCCACCACCCCCAUGGACCCGCGUGUCGUCGACGCCCAGAUGCCCUUCAUGACCGGCCUCUACGGUAACCCGCACUCGCGCACCCACGCCUACGGCUGGGAGACGGACAAGGCCGUCGAGGACGCCCGCGCCCACAUUGCCGCCCUCAUCGGUGCCGACCCCAAGGAGAUCAUCUUCACCAGCGGCGCCACCGAGAGCAACAACAUGAGCAUCAAGGGCGUCGCCCGCUUCUUCAAGCGCUCCGGCAAGAAGAACCACAUCAUCACCGCCCAGACCGAGCACAAGUGCGUGCUGGACAGCUGCAGGCACUUGCAGGACGAGGGCUUCCAGGUCACCUACCUGCCCGUGCAGAGCAACGGCCUCGUCGACCUGGCCCAGCUCGAGGCUGCCAUGCGCCCCGAGACCAUGCUCGUCAGCAUCAUGACCGUCAACAACGAGAUUGGCGUCGUGCAGCCCAUGGAGGAGAUUGGCAAGCUGUGCCGCUCCAAGAAGAUCUUCUUCCACACCGACGCCGCCCAGGCCGUUGGCAAGAUCCCCCUGGAUGUGAACAAGAUGAACGUCGACCUGAUGUCCAUUUCCGGCCACAAGAUCUACGGGCCCAUGGGCAUCGGCGCGUGCUACGUGCGAAGACGGCCCAGGGUCAGGCUUGAUCCCAUCAUCAGCGGAGGUGGCCAGGAGCGUGGUCUGCGAAGUGGCACCAUUGCACCAGCUCUCGUUAUCGGCUUUGGCGAGGCUGCCCGGAUUUGCAAGGAGGAGAUGGAGUACGACACCAAGCGCAUCACCGCUCUGUCGAAUCGUCUCCUCGAAGGCCUGCUUGCCAUGGAGCACACCACACUCAACGGCGACCGCGAGCGUCACUAUGCUGGUUGCGUGAACGUCUCGUUCGCCUACGUUGAGGGCGAGUCACUGCUCAUGGCCCUCAAGGACAUUGCGCUGUCUUCUGGCAGUGCUUGCACAUCAGCCUCGCUGGAACCCAGCUACGUCCUUCGUGCUCUUGGCAGCAGCGACGAGAGUGCCCACAGCAGUAUCAGAUUUGGAAUUGGGCGCUUCACCACAGAUGCGGAGAUUGAUUACGUUCUCAAGGCCGUGCAGGAGCGUGUCACAUUCCUCCGCGAGCUCAGUCCGCUGUGGGAGUUGGUACAGGAGGGUGUCGAUCUCGACACGAUUGAGUGGAGCCAGCACUGAGUGAUAAAUUGAGGAUACCCGGAGGAUUCAUGUAUAUUAUAGGGGCGUAUUUGGUCGCGAGAGAGGGAUGAGGCGCACGCUCGCUGAGGCGUAAAUGAACAAACCUAGUCCAUACUGCGGCUAAAGCCAGGACAUUUGUGAUGUGCUAGUUUUGGCUACUUGUUGAUGUUGGCGGUUGAACAGUUGAUGCUGUGAAGGGAUCAGCGUG